AUGGCGCAAUGGUUGAAGAAGUUGUUCUCCUCGAACGACUCCUCGGUUGACCUCGCUGAGACUAAGGAGAAGAAUGCACAGAUUGGUGGUGAAGUCUACGUUGAUGGCGUUCAGAUCUACCAGGAUGCAAAUGGCGCCCCAGUCGAGCAGGUCAGUCCUUUGGGAUACCAUGUAGGAUGGGCGGGCAUUCUCUUUCUCAACGUGAGCCAAAUGGUGGGAACUGGAGUUUUCAGUACACCUGGUUCAAUUUUGCGAGCGUUGGAUUCCGUCGGUCUCAGUAUCAUUUACUGGGUAAUUGGUUUUGUCAUCGCUGCAGCCGGUCAAGCUGUCUUCAUGGAAUAUGCAGCGCUUUUCCCCAACCGCUCGGGAGGCAUGGUCACAUACCUUGAGCAGGCGUACCCAAAGCCGAUCUUCCUUUUCCCUACGACCUAUGCCUUCUUCACGGUAGCAUUUUCAUUCUCUAGUAGUAAUGCUGUUGUCCUGGCUCGAUACCUAUUUCGCGCCGCCCAAUACCAAGCCACUGAAUGGGAGAAUAAGGCGCUUGCGAUGGGCUCUUAUACGUUCCUUGCGAUUCUGUGUCUGAUUUCAACUCGCUGGAGUAUUCGUCUCAUGAACUUGAUUUCGGCUGUGAAACUCAUCAUUCUGCUGUUCAUUGUCUGCACUGGAUUUGCCGUCCUCAAUGGCAAGACAAGCGUUAAAGACCCCCAUCAAAACUUCCGCAACAGCUUUGAUGGGGUCACGAAAAACGGAAAUGAUGUUGUAAAUGCGCUUGUCAGCAUCAGAUUCGCGUACGAAGGCUACGCUAAUGCUUUCAAUGUUGUCGCAGAAAUCAAGAACCCUUACAGAACACUGAAAAGGGUAGCUCCCAUCUCGCUCAUCAUCGUCGCGAUUCUAUACAUUCUCGCCAACGUUGCAUAUUUUGCAGCUGUACCGGCAGACGAGAUCCGAGAAUCUGGAGAGUUGGCUGCAGCCAUGUUCUUCGAGAAGGUCUUUGGAGAAGGCGCAAAGGGUCUUCCAGCACUCAUCGCAGUCAGCGCAGCUGGAAACAUCAUGGCAGUCAUCAUCGGCAGCACGCGCAUGGUCCGCGAAUGUGCAAGACAGGGAGUGCUUCCAUGGCCACAUAUUUGGGCAUCUACCAGACCUUUCGGCACCCCAUUCGCCCCUAUUCUUCUAAAAUGGGCUUUGACCACCAUCGUCAUUCUGGCAUUGCCUUUCGGAGACGCGUUCAAUUUCCUGGUCGAUCUGCGAUCGUACCCUGAUUCCAUUUUCCUCUUCUUGAUGGUAGUUGGAUUAUACUACGUCCGCUUCCGUAGAAAGAAGGAAGGACUGCCACCCGCGCAGUUCGAGGCCUGGCAUUCUGCCCUCAUUCUGUCUGCCCUGGUCUGUCUGUUCCUCUUGAUCAUGCCAUGGUACCCACCGGACGAUGGCGGCGACGUCUCUUUCUGGUACGCAACAUACUGUGUCGUUGGAAUCGGUCUCAUGCUUGCCUGUGGAAUCUACUACUACUUCUGGGUCUUCGCGUUGCCCAAGUGGAAAAAUUACUCUAUUCGCACGGAAACUCUGGUAUCGGACCAAGAUGGUAGUGUCACGCACAAACUUCGAAAAGUACCAAACGCCGAAGUGGAAGAGUGGGAUCGAACUCACGAUGAAGCUGGCAACGUUCUAGUCGAGGCAACAGGCGCGAAUGGCGAGGCAGACAAUCGACACUUGCUUAAGAGAGUCAAGGUGAGGGAUGCUACGACUGUCAACUAUGGGGCGGACGAGAAAUCCUCCGCUUCCUAA